AUGUUGAGUACCGUUGCUCUGCGGACUCAAAUUGCCUCCAUUAUCGAUGCCCUGUCCAAAGCAGCCGUGGCGGAAAUCUCCAAAGUUGUGGAGGAUGGUGAGGUGGUGUUGCGGCUGGAAAUGUGCCAGCGUGAAAACGAGAUCAAGAAGCUGAAGAGCAACAUCGAGAUUCUGCACAGCGAGCUGAGAGCUGCACAUGAGAGGGGCAACCAGAGACCUGCAGCCCCCAGGAGGGAAGAUAGUCAGAGUGUCUCUGGGGAGGCGAGGAUGUUGCUUGAAAAGCUGCACAAGGAUAUGGACCAAACCCGCCUGUCAGUACCUGAGGUGCAGGUGAAAUGUGAACCUGUGGAAGAGGGAAGUGAACAGGCCAGAGAACAACCUGGACAGCAGGGAGCAGAGCUGGGUUCUUACGAGAGGGACCUUGCACAGUGGAGACCACCGACACAAACUGAGAUGGGACGCAACAACUCGGAUAAUUUAAAUGUAGGGCAAAGCUCCCAGCUGUGCCUUCCCGAACCCUCGCUAAACACCGAACUGGAUUUGUCAUGCAGCAGCACCGGUGGUUUCCAGCAGAACCCGUUCAGCCGGGGGAUUCUGGGUUACAGUCCGUACCGUAACUUGUACAACACGGUCCGGAGGAGGUCGGUGAAGAGGUUAAUGUUUAAAAAAGGUUUCAUCUGUCCGUACUGCGGCAAAUGUUUCGAGCGUUCCGGCCACCUCGAGAGACAUAAAAGGAUUCACACCGGUGAGAAACCGUACCACUGCGAGAUAUGUGGCAAACGCUUCAAUCAGAAGUGCAGCCUCAAGGAACACACAAAGAUUCACAUACGAUCCAUUCAGCUGAGACCGGAUGAGAUCCAAGUGGCCGAACAUAAACCGGUUCCUGAGGAGAUUCCAGGUACCGAUGCUCGUCUCUCUGAGGUAGAAAACCACACCACUGCUGAGGAAGGCCUACCUAAGAUCGAAGAAACUCCUCCACUGCAAGUACAGAUCAAAUCUGAGCCUAUGGAGGAGAAUAUAGCACAACCACUGUUUGUCGGAGAAAGCGAGCAGACGAGAGAAAGUGUAGACAACCUCAGUGAGAACUUCACAGCAUUCGAGAGAGACGGCCAACAAUGGAUGUCCAGGUUACAAGGACAAAACAGCACAGAGACGAGCAGCACAGAUUAUCUUGGCAGUUCAGGGCAGAGUAUGAUGUCCUUCCAGGGCAUAGCUCAGGUACUUCCACCACAAAUAGAGGCUUCCUGUAGCACCUUCUCCUUUCAGGGGAAACCAUUCGGAGAGCUCAAAAACAGCAUGAUGUCCCAGGCGCCUUUCCCGUCCUCAGAGACACUCCUGCUACCAGGUGAAGCCAUUCAUUUAGCCAUGCCUGGUCCGCAGGGGGACUCGCUGGAUCCCCUUCAACAGAGGAGAAGCAUGUCUUUCCAGGCGAUCAAACCAAAGAAAUGCUUCAUCUGUUCGUACUGCGGGAAGAUAUUUGAGCGUGGCGGUCACCUCGAGAGACAUUUACGUAUUCAUACCGGCGAGAAGCCGUACGGCUGCCAAAUCUGUGGGAGGUGCUUCAAUCAGAAGAGUAGCCUCAAAGGACACAUGAAGACGCACAGAAAUGGGGAGAACACCGAUAUGCUGGAUACACAUCACCUGAAGUUUACAAUGCCUGAUAAUCAACCGCUGGAGCACCUGGCAGAAACCAAACCUGGACUGACGGCUUUAGACGAACAGAUGCCCGGCUCCACAUACAGAGAGACAGUUUGUGAACAAGAGGUAAUGGUAAAGCUGGAGCCAGAUAGUAAAGACUUUCAGACUCAUUGUCAGACGGGGAAUGGCGUCGCCACAGCAGCACCGGACCAAAAUCGGCUGCUAUGGAUAGCUGGGACAGAGAAGAGUGAUGAUGAACGAUCUGUCAGCAUAUUUUUACAUGAUAAGUAUCGCCUCAAUCCUGUUGCCCGAGCAGCAAAUGACCAGAGAGAAUAUACACCACCAAUCAAAGAUCUGCCUUUUGCAGAGGAUAAAGAAAAGGUGGAAAGGGUGUACAAUUCACUGAUAGGAAUACAAUGUAGAAGCUCUGAUAUGACUCUAGCGCCCGAGCUGCGAGAUCAACGUGUAACACCAGAGGUGACUGUGAAUGAAUACACAGCACGGAGUGAAGAGACACAGGAGGAAAUUGUAUUUGACUUUAAUAUGACGGACUUAUGCACCAAUCAGAACGGCUACAGUCAAGUUGCCGCCAGUUCAAAUAGCUAUAUAUGCUCAACUUGUGGGCAAAGCUUUGGCAGUUUCAAUUUAUUUCAAGAACACCAGUGUAAAAAUAUCACUGAGCAAUAAUUCAGAUGUGACACAACGGGGCAUUUUUAUAUUGUACCU